AUGGCUAAAAGUAAAGCAUGUUUGGAAUUAAAUCAAAACAGAAUUUUACAUGAAGCCGUUGUUUUCAUAGAUACUGAAGAUUUGACUAACCGCUUAAAUUCAAAAGAUCCCUUAGUUGUUCACUACUUAAAGGUUAGCGGAGAUCAAACCCAUCUUGUCUACGGUUUUGGACCUGAACAUACAAUUUUUGGCAUUAACGUAGUGGACGUGAGAGAAAAGCCAUCAACUAUAUGUUUUAUUAAAGGAGCUUAUGAUGCUGAACUUGGUGGAAAAGUUUCUACCGGCAAUUUAUGUUUAUUCUACACCAUUUUAACUUCAAGUGGUCGACCAUACCGACUUUACAAGAAAUUUUUACAUAAACUACCGUUGCAAAAGGAGCCAUUUCUACAUAGGCUUUGGAACUUUUGUUACGCCUUUAAUGUACCUACGGAGGAUGAGCUACUUUUUGAAGAAAAAGAUAAUCGAUUUUUCUUAAAUAUUUCUAGGACAAAAAACGGGCACUUAGUGUUGCUGGGUUCUCAUUCAAAGACAUCAUCUGAGGUUUGGUUAGUCGAUGCACACACAUCCUCCCAGCCAACAGAGAUACACACUCAUUCCCGUUCAAAAAUACAACUUUUAUGUUCAAGAAAUUCUAAAAUAAAGUAUUACGUAGAACACGUUAGCAGUGACAUACCUGAAAACAGCUUUUACCUGCUUAUUUGUCAAAAAACUGAAGCCACAGACUUGGAGAUAGUAAAAGCUUAUCAUUUAGGAAGCGACCAUACUUUAGGAGAGAAGCUUUUUAAUUCGAACUCUGAAACAAAAAUAGAAGAAGUUGACGUUUUUAAUACAUAUUGUGUUAUAUACGGAAAACUGAAAAGAACAGGUGAUGCAAGCGUUAAGGUUUUGCAUUACGACGGACGUAAAGUCGACGACGUUGAGUUGCCCGUCGCCUACUGCACUGUUGCGCCAUGCCCCUCUUUAGAUUAUACUGCUGAAACUUUUAAGUUUACCUUAUCAUCUCCUAUUUUGCCUCCCCUUCUUUUAGAAUAUGAUACUGUUAAAAAGGUUUAUAAAACUCUUAAAACCUCAGAAGCAACCUCGGGCCUUAUAUUCCGCCUUUUUAGUUUAGACCUAACUUCUUGUGAAAUUAAAAGUAUUACCGUGAGGCACGGCGACGUUUUAAUUCCAGUCACUCUUAUUCAUAGUCAAAGUGUCAUCGAAAACGGCAAAAACCCACUCAUUUGCUAUGGUUAUGGUGCUUACGGAGAAUGCUUAAAACGCGACUUCGUGCUAGAGAGAAUCCCUUUACUAGCAGACGGCUGGUUACUAGCGCUUUGCCACGUAAGAGGAGGAGGUGAGCUCGGUACGCACUGGCACGAACAGGGAAAACUAAUGUUAAAAAAGAACAGCGUGGAUGAUUUUAAGGCCUGCAUCGAGUGGCUACAAACAGAACGUCCGUAUAGCAGUCCACAGCUAACCGUCAUACACGGCUCCAGCGCUGGUGGCUUGUUAGUGGGGGCUAUAUAUAAUAAACAACCGAAAAUGUUUUCUUGCGCGAUAAUGAGAGCUCCUUUUUUAGACGUUUUAACGGAAAUGCUCGAUCCCAAUCUUUUUUUAACGGAGCAUGAACGUGAUGAAUGGGGAGAUCCUCUAACGAAUAAAGAGGUUUAUGACUACAUCAAGUCUUACUCACCUUUAGAAACUCUAGAAAGAUUUAGCCAAUCCCCCCCUAAUUUACUUAUAACAACCAAUUUAUACGAUUCCGUCGUCCCAUUUUCUCACUCUGCGAAAUAUAUUAUAAAAUUACGAAAUUGUAUGGAAAAAAAGAAUUACAAAUCGGAAGCUUUUCCUUUAAUUUUGUUGAAUGUUAUUGAAAAUUCUGUACAGCUGCAAGGUAAAGGAUUAAACAAAUACCAUGAAUGGUCAACGCCGUUCAUGCUAAAGGUUUUAAGCAUGACUAGCACGAACUUUCUCGCUAUUGCGAACUGA